AUGACCGCGCUCCAUUUGGCGCCGCUCUUUCUCUCGUAUCUACACAGUGACGCCAUUACCGCAUGUUGCUAUUCCUCAUUGAGACCUCCGCGCUGUCUCCUGUUGAAAUGGCGGCCUUGUUAUGCAGCACAGGCGUUUCCACCAUUGGCAGGGUCAAUAAAUGAAGACGUCUGUCUGAACUGUGGGUUCUGGGGUCUCGCCGACAUGCGACUCGGUCGAUCUGGUUCAGAUCUUAGACAAGAGGAGAGACACGAACGAGACGAGACGGAGAGACAGAGUCAAAAUGGAAACAUGACCAUCCUUCCAUCGUCAUCAACCGCGGCUACUUGA